AGUUUAUAGUGUAUUGAUUUUAAGCUUAUUAGGCUAAUGUUAAGUAAACUAGUAUUAAAUAAGAGUACAAAAUAUUCUAAAUAGCUAAUUUUACUUAUAUCUUUGCUCUGCAAAGAGCAAGCUAUGGAAAUGUGUAAUUUAAUUAAGCUUUGUUUGUUAGUUUUCACAGCUGUGUAUGGAGUAUCUUCCUCUAGAGUGUUAGAGCUGAGUGAUAGAUUCAUAGACAUCAGCAAUGAAGGCAUGUGGUUUAUCAAGUUCUAUGCACCAUGGUGUGCACACUGCCGUCGCAUUGAGCCUAUCUGGGCCCAUGUCGCGCAGUCGCUCUACAACAGCCAGAUUAAAGUGGCUAAGGUUGACUGCACAAGGUUCCCUGCAGUUGCCACACAUUUCAAAGUUCGAGCCUAUCCUACCAUACUGUUCAUCAAAGGCUCCCAACACUAUGAGUACAAUGGCGAGCGGAUGAAAGAGGACAUGGUGAACUAUGCGGUGCGCAUGUCCCAGCCGGCGGUACAGAGGUUGACACAAGCUGAUAGCUUGGGUUAUCUUAAGGAGGCACAUCCAGUGUUCUUCGGGUUUGUUGGGAAACAGCAGGGACCAUUAUGGGACAUCUUUAUUAGGCAUGCCGAUAAGUACCAACCCCACAGUUGGUUUUACGCCAUGUCCCAUGAGACGGUCAAGAAUGAUAUCAACCCACCGAAUGACUCUGCAGUGUUCUGUUACAAAGAAGAUGAAGCAUAUUUCUUUGAUGCUCACCCUGUGAUAGAGGACACGGAAGCCUUAAACACGACCUUAGAUAAAUGGAUCAACUCAGAAAGAUUCGGUUUCUUUCCUAAAAUCACUAGAUCCAACAUUCAUCACCUCAUGGACACAGAGAAAUAUAUAGUGAUUGCUGUGGUUUCUGAGAAUAAGCUGAGCGAGAUAAGCCAGACUGAAAGGGACUUUAAGGACAUGGUUGAAGGUAUUAUUAAGAAAAAGAAGAAGACACUCCAUUCACGUUUCCAAUUCGGCUGGAUGGGCUCCCUCGAGCUAGCCAACUCCAUCGCCAUGUCGGAGCUGACCGCGCCCCACCUGCUCGUACUCAACUCCACCACCAGCCACCACCACAUGCCCGACGACGACCCCGUGCUCAUGACGCCGGAGGCCGUGCUCGUAUUCCUCGACCAGAUACACAACCAGCUGGCGCCGACUUACGGGGGUAACGGGUGGUGGGUGCGCGUGUACCGCGCGCUGUUCGAGGCGCGCAGCACGCUGGCCAGCAUGUGGCGCGGCAACCCGGUGCUGACGGCGCUGGUGUUCGGCCUGCCGCUCGGCUUCCUGUCCCUCAUCUGCUACUCGGUGUGCUGCGCCGACAUACUGGACGCCGACGAGGAGGAGCUGCCAGAAACUCAUGAAAAGAAGGACUAAGUAGUUGCUGCUUUUAAUAUCCGAAUCUAGGACCUAUUUAUUUGUUCGUGUCGGAAAUUGUUGUUUUGUUGUCAUCGGCCAUUUCCUGGCGGGUAUAAUACCGUCAAGAUCUCGUUUAUAAAUAGGGACCGUGCACGUUGGAGGGUCUGCCAUCUUGUGGCCUAAAUCGGAAACUUAACUUUGCGCCAAUAAUCAAGGUGCAGGUGCUUCCCCCUACAGUUCCUGCACGCUCCCCUAUCCAUCACUUCAUAGUAAAAUAAAGUAACCAAGUCAGUAAAAAUAAAAUGAAGUAGUUUCACGGCAUAAUACUUACUGAGUUUUUGUUGUACCAAAGUAUUUUUAAUGAUAUAUUUAUACAGGUGUUGUAUUGUAAAUGAGUAUUGAAUAUUAAUUUAUCUUAUGGCUAUGUUUAUAACGUGUCAUUAAGUUUUAUUUAUGAUGGUUUUUUACAUUAUUUUUACUUUCACCUGACUUAUUCUGGUACUUUGGUGACAAAUGAAUUUUAUAGUAACAACGAUCUGGUAUUAUGAUGGAGUUGAGACCAGAUAAGUAAGGCCAAAACAACUCUUUAUUAAGUUAACCCAAACAUAAAUAGUUUUGGCUCCUUAUGGUGCUCCCACACUGGCAGUUAUAUAUAACAUCGUCAUAGUAUUGAUAGUGUUAUGUAUGUGUUAAUUAUAUUAUGUUGUCCCUGUCACUGUAAUAUAAUGUUAUAUAACUGCCACUGUAGAAGCACCACUAGACUCAUCCGGAUGGGUAGACUACUUAGUGUAAUAUGAAGUUCCCACACAAUAAAAUUUAGCGAACGCUUUAACGGUGACAGACGGUUUGGAGCAACCGACCCUUACUCUACCCAUAGGAUAGGAGUUGAGUGUUGCUGUUUGUGAGGGUCUCUAUUGUUUCCCAAAUAGUCUUAAGUCAUAAUGUAUUGUUUGUUCGAAUUUUCGUUAGUCAUAAUUGGUUUUUCUCAGAAACGCGUAACUUUUCAGGAUUGCCAUAAAACAAACCUAACCUAACCUAUCUACAGAGUAACCUAACGAAAAUCCUGAAAACAUAACGGUUUCGGUUUUAUGACUAACGAUAAUAUGACAAACAAUACAUUAUGACUUAAAACUUUAUGGGAAACAAAGGGACCCCGUUUGUGAGUACAAACAGCAACACUCCUAACUGUACAUCGGUACUGGACCUUAUUACCAAAGGCAUAAGGUCCACCGAUGUACAGUUAGGAGAUGUGUGUACAGAGAAUUUCUUUAUUCACAAAAACUCGUUUAUCUACAAUCCGGAAUGUGAUUGUAUUUAACUAUUUGUAUUGUAUAUGUAGAUAAUUUUAAUGAAAUAAUGCGUCAUUCAAAAACUAAAUAUUUUGUUAUGUAGGUAUUUGUCCAUAAUAAUUAUUCAUGUUGCCAAUUACAUAUUAAAUUUGAAGCUAUUGAUCGGGAAUUAAAUAGAGACCUCAUAAAUAUAAUAUGCUAAUUGUAUGUAAGUAACACUAGGUCAUCUUUAUUUCUUUACCUAGUCGUGAGAUUUCCUUUUUAAAGAACAGAUUAUGAUUUCAAAGAAAUGUGUCUUCGUAUUAGAUAAAUUAUUAUAAAACUAAAAUCAACCCAAAAUGAUGAAGCAAUCAGUUUUUUUCAGAACAGUGUAGUCACCAAAUACACACUAAAAGACAUGAAAAAAAGCGCUGGUGGCAUAGCGGUCGGGCGGUGGUCGAGGGUUCAAACCCCGGUUCGUACCAAUGAGUUUUUCGGAACUUAUGUACGAAAUAUAAUUUGAUAUUUGCCAGUCGCUUUUCGGUGAAGGAAAGCAUCGUGAGGAAACCGGACUAAUCCCAAUAAGGCCUAGUUUGCCUACUGGGUUGGAAAGUCAGAUGGUAGUCGCUUUCGUAAAAACUAGUGCCUACGUCAAAUCAUGGGAUUAGUUGUCAAGCGGACCCCAGGCUCUCAUGAGCCGUGGCAAAAUGCCGGAAUAACGCGAGGAAUAACAGUGUAGUCACCAAGUAAGUUUAGGAGCGUGACAUGCACUUGACAAGAAAUGUGUCUGUGGGUUAUUUCUGCAGCGUAAUAACAAAACCGACUGUUAAUGUUAAAAUAUGGUUACGGUCUGAAACAUGAAGUAAAUAUUAUUAACACCUAAUGUUCCAAUCCCUUCAGGUAAAAAAGUGUGUUCUUACUUAAUUGACGAUUGGUAGACCUUAUCUCGUUGCAAUAAGGUUUCCGAAUGGUCAGAGGUGACGAUAAUAGGUUUGUGAUUGUGACUUGAUUCAUUAGGUUAGCUUAGUUUGUGACUAGGGAGAGCGGGCCUACAGAGACCACUUUGUUCGCUCAUCCAUCUAGUUGCUUCUCUAUCGUACGAAUAUACAAGAGCGAUAGAGAGGCACAUAACGACAUUUAGGUAGCCCAUAGGUUGGCUAAAUUUUCUGUAAGAUUGUCCCCUAGUUUUUAUUUAUAGUUGUUAUUUUAUUUCACCAUUCCUAUGUUCGGCACUAAAUACAUCUUUUUACACAGAACUACAUAUAAUUUUAUUUGCGAACUUAAUGUAGUGAAAUAAAAGUAAUCCUGUGUUAAUAUCAAGCAACCAUUAGAAAUAUUGCGUAUAGGCCUCAUUUGCAUUUAUUAUUAAGUGUGAUGUGUUUCGAUGUAUUUAUUUAUUUGUAUUAAAACAAAAAACUUUAUUCAAAUUGUAAUUAAUAAAGAAAUCUUU